CUGGUCUGUCAGUCCUGUCAUUAUUAAGAAUAAAAAUCGCACGAUUUUAAUUCUAAAUAGACUUUAAUUGAUUCGAGUACGAAGUGCUUUACCGUGAAUUUUUAUUAUUAGUAACGCAAUCAGUUUUAGUGCUCUUUUUAUCAUUAUAAGGAACAUUAAUAAAUAUCUGUGGAAUUAUGAAAAUGGCGGGCUUGGAGUCAAUGGUUGUUGAAGAAGUAAAAACUGUUGAAAAACCGGUCGACAGAGAAAAGACUUGUCCUCUUUUACUCCGAGUGUUUUGUUCUACUGGUCGUCAUAACUCUCCUGGUGACUAUGCUAGAGGAAAUGUACCUCAGAAUGAGUUACAAAUAUACACGUGGAUGGAUGCAACCCUACGUGAACUAACAGGGCUUGUGAAAGAAGUAAACCCAGAGACAAGACGUAAAGGAACAUACUUUGACUUUGCAAUUGUAUAUCCUGACAUGCGGUCGCCAACUUAUCGCAUGAGAGAAAUAGGAGUUACUUGCUCAGGGCAGAGAGGUGGUGAUGACAAUAAAACAUUAUCACAAGUUAAAUUUCAAAUUGGUAAUUACUUAGAUAUUUCUAUAACACCACCUAACAGAAUGCCACCUCCUAUGCGUCGACCACAACCAUAUAUGAAUAAUAGACCUUAUUAAACUAUUUUUAAGAACUUUUUUUAUGUUUAGUCAGGACUGCUAAUAAUUUCAUGGAUUCAAAGGGAAAUUGCUCUUUACUACUGAUGUACCUAUAAUUUAUCAUUACUAUUUUAGUAUUAUAGAGCAUCUAGCAAUAAAUU